AUGCCGCUCAGGAAAAACAAAGCUGCAGCAAAGUCAACACUCGAUUCCUGGCAAAAGCUUGGGGAUGAAAGUAUCGUAGAAGGAAGGAAAACUAAGAUGCAGCGGGUCAAAGAUGCAGCGCAAGUCAAACAUCAAGUUGAAGAUAACAGCGGCGAGUAUGCCUCUGGAUCGAAAUCGGAAAAAGCAUCAUCAGAUUCGGACAAUUGA